CAGAAUAUUAACCGAAAACAAACUUGUUGUGCAGUCUUACUGCUAAGGUACAAGAUAAUUUGGCGUAUAAAUCAAAAAUCUCUUUUAAUGACAGACUGUUUGGUUAUUACAAAUAGAAUAUAGAUAUUUUAUUGCAAUGCUACCGGAGCCUGCAAAUUCGUCUUAUCAUUCGCCCUCAAAGAAGCGUUCGCGAUGUAUGUCGACCUCGAUGCAGUACAAGUUUCUUCGUCGGAUCUUAAAAUAUCGGCAUAUGGAUUUUGAAUUUGCCCUAUGGCAGAUGCUCUACCUUUGCGUAUCACCAAGAAAAGUAUACAGAAAUUUUCAUUACCACAAACAAACAAAAGACCAGUGGGCAAGGGAUGAUCCUGCUUUUCUUGUGUUGCUUAGUAUUUGGUUGUGUGCAUCUUCUAUUGGCUUUGCUGUUAUGUUGAAGCUACCCUUUUUAGGAUUUUUAAAGUUUUUAUUAUGGGUUGUAUUUGUGGAUUGCAUUGCUGUGGGUCUCAUUAUCGCAUCAUUAUUAUGGUUCUUUUGCAACAGAUACCUGAGGAUAUCCACUGCACAUGAUCCAGGACAAAGAGUAGAAUGGGCCUAUGCAUUUGAUGUUCACCUAAAUGCUUUCUUCCCUUUGCUGUUAAUAUUACAUGUCAUCCAACUCUUUUGUAUGAAGAAUCAUAGACAAUCCUUGGUUCAUAUCAAGGUUUAUUGGAAACUCUCUUUGGCUCAUAGCUUUGGUGUAUUAUAUUUAUAUUUCUUUCCUAGGAUACAGCGCAUUACCAUUUCUUCGAAGUACUGUAGUGCUACUAUAUCCUGUCUUGUUGGUAGUGAUGGGGUACAUUGUAUCUCUUGCUGUGGGCUGGAACAUAGGGCAGACAUUUUUGCACUUUUAUGAGUAUAGAGUGGUGACUCAGACUGCCAGCUUGCCUCAAACUAUUAGCUGAAUGUCAGGCAGGAAAUUUCUGGAGAUCAGAGGAUGUUGACCCAUGGAUCAUAAAAAAGAUGUUAGCCAGCAUAGUGGAAGUCCUCUUCAUAAGGCUGAAAUAGAGUGGGUGCUAUACUAUGGAAAAACCAGAAUAAUUGCAGUGCUCAGAAAGGUUCUUAUCUCAUGAUGCAUCAGAACUUGGGACACAUUUCUGGAUGUACAUAGUGUAUCUAUAAUUUUUGAUAAAUCUAUGACACUUGACCGUGCAUUUCAGUAAUUAAAAUGGAGCCAGGACUACAGCAACAAAGAGAUAUGUGCAUGUAACUAGCCUGUUCAAGUGAAUAUGCAAAGGUCUUUGGAAAAGAUAUUAAUUGAUAGAUAUAGAGAUCAUACCAAUGAGCUUCCUUUUACCUUAAAUAUAAUUGUAAGAUGUCAUUUAAACUAGUUGAGAAAAUGUUUGUCAGUCUUUCAUUGGGAUGCAAUUUUCUAUGAUGGAAAAUAUUAUAUACAGGUUGGAAAUUAUGCAGAAAUGUAAAAUAAAGUAAAUUAUUACAUGGUGCAAAA